CAGGAUUGCUCAGACGCUCCCAGCCAUUUCAGGUGCCGAGCGUGGCAGAGGUGUGGUUCACUGACUUAUUGGGAGCCAUGCCAUCCGUAAUUCCUGGGCGUAAGGCUGUCACCGUACCUAUUGAUACCUACGCGUCUUCUCCGAUGGUCUUCUCACUGUGUUUGACCUCUCUAGAAUAAAUCACAUGUAUGUUACUCUUCUUUCUAGCUGACCGCUCGAUAUAUCCUCCUACAUACAGGUGAUAUGUCCACUAGCGAGGACGCAUCUCAAGUGGCUGGCAUUCUUCUUAUUGUCCUCGACAUCAUAACCGUGGCUGGCCGCUUUUACUCAAGAUGGAUCACCAAGCUCGGCUUCGGAUGGGACGACUGGACGAUUCUGAUAGCUUUGCUGAUUGGUAUCGUGCCUGGAGCUUUGACUAUGUGGGCAAGCACGAUAUCUGCGACGGGGGCUGCUGCCGCCAGUAACCUCGACCCCAAUCACGUCUACACUCCGGAGGAUGUUCUUUACACCAAGAUCACGUUCUCAACAACCGUGCUUUACUUUUUCAUCACAUCUAUCACCAAGAUCUCCAUUCUGCUCUUGUUCCACCGCAUCUUCUCCAUCAGCGACUCCAUGAGGAAAUACAUAUACAUCGGCUUUGCGGCAGUCGUGGCGUUCUGGCUCUCGGCGACGAUCGCCGACCUGUUGAAUUGCAUCCCUCUGGAAUGGACAUGGAAAAAUGGACUCGCUGAUCCUAGAUACUGCAUUAGCUAUAACAUGUUCUGGCUGGGCACGGGCAUUGCCGAGAGUGUAAUAGAUCUGUACAUUCUGGCAUUACCACUUGCAAUGGUCUCCACGCUACACCUCGAGCGGAAGAGAAAGUGGGGCGUGGCUGGCAUCUUCCUCUUGGGAGGGUUUGUCCUAUUCUCCGGCGUCGCGAAGAUCAUCCUGAGCUACCUAACUAAUAGCCGUGAGCCUGAUUUCGGCAAGGGGUCCUUAUGGACGACGGUCCACCUCUACACCAGUAUUCUAUGCGCCAAUCUGCCUACCAGUCGGCCCUUGCUCAACCGAGUUGCUCAGCUGACCUCGGCCUCACGGGUGAGGCUGUUGUCGUUGUCGCGGGCCAAGCGCUGGUACAGCCUAAGCGGUUCGCAGGAAACCAGGGGUACAAAUAACGGGACAACUAUAUCCCAAAGCAAACCGGGAGGCGGGAGUCAAGAUUCUGCCCCGUCGGGGCGAGACCAAUAUGAGCUUCCUUUGUAUAGUGUAAAUAGCCACGAAGGCCCAUGAGAAGAUGAAAGUGAGGGCGCAAAAAACCAAACCAGCCAUACUGUAGAAUCUCACUCAAGUUGCUGAACGCUAGCCGACGCU